AUGUUUGCAGAGCAAUCAAUUUAAUUCCAUAUCAAUGGAUAGUCAAGAAACAUGUCCACAGUGUGCGGGCACACUCUCGAAUGGACCGACUCGUUUAGUACAAGACAAUUGUGGGCAUAAAAAAUGCAGGCUGUGCCUUCUAAACGAUGAAGACUUCUGUAAGCAAUGCUCCUUGGAAUUUCCAGACCACACUCCACUUCAUGCUCAAAUUGAUUGCCAUACAGCAGUCAUUACCUACCAGAAAAAGUCUGACAAUGAGGUUGAUGAUAAACUAAAUAAAGUUAUAAUCAAGCAGGAGCAGCUUGAUGCAGAAGUGCCAGAUGUGCCUGAACCAGACAAACCAGAAGGAACAGGCCUUAAUAAAACUAAUAAAUUAACCACAAGCAAAAUUUUAUCUGUACAGCACAUUAGUUUCGAUUCAGUUAAACAGUUGUAUACAUGCAGCUUUUGCAACAAAAGCUUUACAGGGAAAUCUAAAGUGAAAUAUCAUAAAUAUUGUAAUGGAGAGAAGCGUCCGCACGUUUGUGAUAUCUGUAAUCAGGGUUUUAUAGCAAAGUCGCACUACACCGCUCAUUUAUUAACGCAUCAAAAGUUGAAACCGUAUAAAUGUACAGCAGCUGGAUGCGGAAAAACAUUUUCAGAGCGCAGUAAACUAAACAGGCAUCGCUCUACUCAUGGCACUAACAGACCGUUUAUUUGCCAGGAGUGUGGUAAAUCAUUUAAAAUUAAAGAAAAUCUGCGAACGCAUUGUUUGAUUCAUAAAAAAGAGAAACCAUACGCAUGCACUGAGUGUGAUUUACGAUUUAGUCAUUCUUCUAAUUUAAAGAAACAUUUAGCUGUGCAUACAAGUGAGAAAGCACAUAUGUGUGACCAAUGUGGAAAACGUUACAAAUUAAAAUGGGCGUUAACUCUCCAUCGCAGAGUUCACGCUAAAACGCGUCCUAAUAAAUGUUCAACAUGUCACAAAGCCUUCGUCCACCUUAAAGACUUAGCUCGCCAUGAAUUAAUUCACGCGGAGAGCAAAGGUUUUCGAUGCGGUAUUUGUUCCUCGACGUUCAGACGAAAAGACAAUCUGAAUCGCCACGCACGUAAUACUCAUCCGGGAAAGAAACCGCAAAUUAUCAAAUGUGUAGAUACACCGAACGCAAUCAAAGUUAUCACUUCACAGCCACCAGCGCCUACGAUAACUAAAACAGUCAAAACGGAAACUAUUCCAUCAAUGCCUGAUAAAUCAUUGCAAAAGGAUGUAACUCCAGUUGUGAAGUCUCAUCCAGUGCAACCAGUACAUGUGCCAGUAAAACUUGCAUUUAAAACAUUGUCAUUCAGGAGAGAUUAUAAAAUUAACAAUGAUUUUGUCGAGUCGAAACCAGAUCAUGUAAGUAUCUACGAAAAAAUCCUCAAACCCAGGAGUGAUAUACAACGCACGUCAACUGUAACAACUAAUACGAGAAAUGACUCGGAAAUAACCAAAGAAAGUGCGAGUGUCUUUGAGCAGACUAUUCUUACACCGUUUAACGCUCCGCCGCAUUACGAAACAUCGUUUGACAAUAAACAACACGCAGUAAUCAAGAACAUCAAGUUCAAGCUGCCUGAUAAGUAUACAAAUCUGAACACCACGAGCAAGAAAUCCAUGAUGCCGGAUGGUAACAUCGCAACUACGUCAGUUAUAGUUAACACAACAGGUAACCAACAGACAGUCUAGUAUCAACCAAAUAUGAAAUUUUGUAAUAUUAAUAUUUUAAAUAUUUAAAUAUUUUCAAUACAAAUACAACAAAUUAAAUAUUUAAUGUAUAUAUGA